ACGGCCCCCGAACUCCGUCCCGCGCUUCCGCUCGCCGCCGCGGCUCCGUCGGAGGGACCACGCACGCACAGGUCUGACAGGACGGGGCCAGCCGGGCUCGUUCCGCUCCUCGCCUCGCCCGGUCGCGCUGAGCGCCUCCUCCGGGACUCGGGGCGGCGGAGAGCCGAGGGCACCUGCCGCCCCCCGACAUCGACUCCCGUCGGCUCAGAGGGCCGCCACUGUCCCGACGUCCUCUGGGCCGGCGGCGCGCCGGAGCCGCUCUGGCCCGCGACCGCGUCUCUAUGGGUGACUGGGAGUGUGGACAGGAAUGAUCCGUUUGCUUCCCGAUGGCUCUUGGUAGAAACUGGCGCGGCUUGUGAUGGCGUCUGAGACGGAGAAGACCCGCGCUUUGCUUCAGUCUUGCAGUCCGCAGUCUCUCAUGUGCAGCCUCGGGCUCGGGGUGUUUUGUCUAGUGGUGGACAGACUUCUUCAGUUUCCUGUCAUUCAGCAAAGCGACUGGCUUCGGGCCCUCUCGGACAAUGCGGUGCACUGUGUGAUUGGCAUGUGGUCCUGGGCCAUAGUCACUGGCAUCAAGAAGAAGACUGACUUUGGGGAAGUUCUUUUCGCGGGAUUUCUGGCCUCUGUAAUUGACAUUGACCACUUUUUCCUAGCUGGAUCCUUAUCUUUAAAGGCCGCCUUGACCCUUCCUCGGAGACCUUUCCUUCACUGCUCCACUGUGAUCCCCGUUGUGGCUCUGACCCUGAAGCUUGCCAUGCACCUGCUCAAGCUCAAAGACUCUUGGUGUUUCCUGCCCUGGAUGCUGUGUAUAGCCUGGAGCUCGCACCACAUCCGAGAUGGGAUCCGGCACGGGCUGUGGUUAUGUCCGUUUGGAAAAACCUCUCCUUUGCCAUUCUGGCUUUAUGUGAUCGUCACGGCAUCGUUACCUCACGUCUGUUCCGUGGUGAUGCACUUAACAGGAGCCAGACAAAUCAUGUCUUCAAAACAUGGAGUUCUUAUUGAUGUCUGAGGUAGCCCUGUGGCUGUGAGACACACAGUUCAGGCAGUGGCCAUGAAAGGUAGCUAAUUCUUAAGGUGGAUUUAUUUAAGAAGAAAAUAGGAGGCACUUAUAUUAAUCACAACGCUCUUGCUCAGGUGGCAUGUACAGUGUUUGAAAGGUAUAUAUUUGGUGACUCUACUUCUCCUAUAGCACUUGUGCAAUACUAGACUUUUAAUUAAUCUAUACUAUAUUUUUAUAGUCUUCUCUCUCUUUGGAAGGAGGGGAGUGCUAGGGCCAGUACUCAGGGCCUCAUGCAUGUGUUACCGUUCACUAAGCUACAUUCUGGCCUAGUGUUUCUGAGUUUCCUAAGAGGUCUACUCGACCAGCAUCUGCUUCAGCUUUCUGGAACUACCCCUUUUCAUGAUCUCCUAGUAAGAAGAGUUCCAGUCUUAGGGGGAGUGAUUUGCAGUAGGUUAGUGUUGUCUCUGGAACUCCUGUUUCCUGAGGUAUUAAAGUAGUAGGAAGACCACAACAAUGAGAUGAUCAAUAUGAUGUCUAGUGAAUGCUGACAUCUGUUUACUUCUUAUAUGUUGAUCUUGACUGAGAUUUAAUUUGCAUAGAACUUCAAUGAGCUGUGGUCGCUGGCAAAAUCUGCCUCAGUCCUCUUGUGACAAAUCAUUACAACAUUCAUAAAAGGCACUAACUAACAUUGGACAUAGGCAGGUAUUUAAGAAAUCGCUCUGCAGAAUAAUUAUGUUGACUAUAUACAAAUCUCACGUGGAGUAUUAUUUUCUCAUUGUCUUUGUCCAAGACUCUCACCUGUUACAGUGCUAGCUGUUAGGAACACUAUAGGUAAACUAAAUGAAAUGUUCACUAAGUUCUAACUUUAAAAUAUUGAUAUUUGGGGGGCUGGGUGGUGGUGCACCUGGCUGAGUGCUCACAUUACAGUGCGCCGGGACUGGGGUUCGAGUCCCCGGUCCCCACCUGCAGGGGGAAAGCUUCACGAGUGGUGAAGCACGGCUGCAGGUGUCUCUCUGUCUCUCUCCCUCUCUAUAUCCCCUCCCCUCUCAAUUUCUGGCCGUCUCUCUUCAACGAGUAAAUAAAUAAAGAUAAUUAAAAAAAUAAAAUAGAAUGUUGAUAUUUGGCAGAUGACCAUAAAGUUUGAAUUCUUAUCAAAAAGGGACUUCCCAGGAAUGUACGUGAAGGUUCUCUUAAACUUAGCAGCCGUCCGUCAAUUUGUCUAUAUACUAUUAUAAACUAUUACACCAGUCAAAUCACUUUUUAAAAUCUGCCUGUUACUGAGACAUAAACAUUCCUUUCAUAGUAGAAUAGUUUUAGGAGACUGCUUUUUUAUUUGGUUCUUUCUAACUGAUCUUCUGUUAAACAUAAUACGGAGGGAGUCGGGCGGUAGCGCAGUGGGUUAAGCG